CCGCCCAGUCCGCCCGUCAGUCAGUCAGUCGGCCCGUGCGUGCGUGCGUGCUGCGUGCGGCCUGCUCCUCUUCUUCGCCUCCGGAGCGCGGGCGUUUCUGAGGGAGGGUAUGAAGCCGGGCGCUGCCGCCGCCGCCGCCGCCGCCCCUUGAGGAGAAGCCGCCGCCGCCGCCGGCCCCGACCAGGAGGGCCCUCGCGCCGCCGCCCGCUCCGCCCAGGCUCGCCCAUCCCGGCCGCCGCCGCCGCCGCCUGAGCAGCCAUUUUGUGCCUCCCGAGCGCCGCCGGGGCCCUGAGGGAGAGUCCGAGAGGCGAGCGAGCGAGGGCGGCGGCGCCCGUGAGGGGGGUCCGGGCGGGCGGGAGGGAGGCCGGUUGAGGCGGAGCCUGGCGAGGGAGGGGCGCGCGGCGCGGCGGGGGGGCCCCCAUGGCGAAGAAAACCUACGACCUGCUCUUCAAGCUGCUGCUGAUCGGCGACUCGGGCGUGGGCAAGACCUGCGUGCUCUUCCGCUUCUCCGACGACGCCUUCAACACCACCUUCAUCUCCACCAUCGGUGAGGAGGGGCAGGGGAGAGGGGGGCGGGAAGGGGGAGCCCCCUCCCCGCCGACCCCGCCGACGCUUCCGGGGUCAUGGCCCCUCCGCCCCCGCCGGAGGGGCGACCCUUGGCCACGGGCACAGCUACUGGGGGCAUCUGCCCGGGGGGAGCAGGAUGCUGGGACUGGGGGGGGGGCUUGGGCCUGAUCCCGCUUCGUGGCUCCCCUGGAUGACUCCCCUUGUCUUCCACCCCCCACCCUACCCUUGUGUCUUCCUCCCCGUGCAUCCCACCCACCGCUCUCCAUCCUGGAAAGGUGGGCUCGCCCCCUCUCACCUCCCCACUUGCUCCUCUUCCGCCAUUCCUGCAGGACCACCCUCCCCAUCCUGGAAAUGUGGGCUCGCCCCCUCCCUGUGUCUUCCUCCCCGUGUAUCCCACCCACCCACCGCCCUCCAUCCUGGAAAGGUGGGCUCCCCCCUUCUCACCUCCCCACUUGCUCCUCUUCCACCUUGCCUGCCUGACCACCCUCCCCAUCCUGCCCCAUAGCUGUCAGCCUCCCAGCGUCAUCUUUUGUUCCUUGUGCUGUAUCUACCCCCCACCCAAUCCCCGCCAUCUGAGUGCUUGCUACUGCUUGGCCCCGGUAGUCUUCAUAUAGUGUGUCUGCUUUGCCAUGCGUGCUCCCUGCCCUGAUCAUAGCAGCCCCGCCUGUCACUCCAGCUGCACAGCCAGAUUAUAUUUGUCCAGCUUUGUUUUCUGAAUGGGAGGCGCAGGCUGGAGGAAUGCGCCUAAUGCUUUGACCUGGUAGCUGCCCCCUUUGGCAGCAGCCUUUGAUUCCUUUGCAGCCCUGCGCUGUUUUGUUCCCCUCACUCUUGUCCGUUGGCAUCUUUGGCGCCUGCCCAUCCACCGCUGCAUCUUCCAAAACACCAGGCUGACUUCUUGGAGUGACCUCAGCAUCGCCUGAGGGCUCUUACUCAUACCACACCCCCUAGUGCUGAGGCUACUCUUUGCUCAUGGAGCCCUUUAUCCUUCGGCGUAUUACAUUUUAUGCUAUUAUCUGUAUCUGCUUCCAGCUAUUGUGCCUCAAAUGGAGGAAUAGCUGACUAUGAAUAUUGACUGUCAAUUUCUUAUCUUCAGAGGGGUGAAAUUCUAGAAGUGCUUUCAAAGAGAUGGUGUUGAUUUCAGCACAGAGUAGUUUAAAUGUGAGGAAUAUUUUAGGAUUUUUUCCAGUGCUGAGUUUGCUGUACUCUUAAGGCGAUGGAGACUGGCAGGCUGGGAAUGGGCGUGGAGGACUUAUCAGAGACCAAAGAAACAUUAUCUUGGAGACAACUGCUGCCUGCUUUUUGCUUUGUUUGAUGUCUUAACAUUGCUAUAGUAGAUAGGUGUGGCUUGAGCCAACAUAAAUCCUGCUGUCUGCUUUGAGCUAUACCCAGGCUGUGUGUAUGCACUGUAGAUGGAAAACUUAGUACAGGAAGUGUUAACACUGGCCUAUAUAAAUUAUGCAGAUGCCCCCACCUGUUUUUUGAGAAUUCACCAGGCUUGAGGAGGUUUGUGUGUUGGAGGAGAGGAAGCCUUUAUCGGAAUCCCUAAGGGCUUGCUUUUGGAAUGAAAUUUGGGGUCCUUAAUGGGCUGAACUCAAGACACAAUACAUUAUCUGCCCUUGUUAGGGUUUUAGUCUUGUUUUAACCGGAUUUGUUGUUUUUGUAUUUUUAACUGUUUUAUUUGUAAGUGGCCUUGAGAUGGUGAUUUAGAAGGUGAUUUCUAAAUCAUUGUUAAUAAUGUUGGCAAUUCUGAUUCAGGAAAUGAAGUCCCAGGUGCCCUAAUAGAAUAAACCUGUUUGUUUCUCUCUUGCCCAGCCUUUCAUGAAGAUACUUGCAGUUUUUUCCUGCGGAUAAGAUAUUUUUGCUGCACAUUAUUCUGACAUUGGUUCAAUUUAAUUAUUUUGCAAUCUCUGAAGAUCAACAGUUUCACGUGCUUUGCUUCCCUUAUUAUGCGAACUCAUUUCCCCCAAGAUCUCAAGUUACAAGCAGAGGUUUCAUGGUAGUUCCUGGACAGGGCAGCAGUGCCUCACAGGAAUACACUGCCAGGUACCUGCUAGUUACAGCUAUGUCAUCUUUGUUUAAUAUUUUCAUACACUGCUUUUCAUACAAACUGCACAAAAAACAUUUUAUAUUAAAACACAGCAGUCAGUUUUACAAUACAGUAGGUGGCAAUCUGUCUGUCUUCUAUUAAAAGUAUUAAUCCACUUUUUAAGGCCAAACCCUCCCAAAGCAAUGUACAUAAGAAACAUGCAUUAGAGGCAUCAGAUAGGUGUACAGUUAUUAUGAAAAACCUGCUCUGAAUUUCACAAGCCAUUAACAGUCUUAAGGAAAGGCAGGAGUGAAGAGAGGAUUUCAACACCCUUUUAAAAGCCUGUAUUUGAAGAGGCCAAGCACAAAUAGCGGCUGCCCACCAGGAUGUUUCUGUUGCUUGCUGUUUCUUUUCCUUCUGCUUCCUGGAUGGUUCCUGGAGACAAAAGUUGAUAAACUUCAGUCUACAAAUUGUUGGACCCUUAGUUGCUGUUUAGGAUAGAUUGAGCUCUGAUUAUAAGGCUUUGCGCAGUAGUUCAAGUACAGUGGUACCUUGGGUUACCUAUGCUUCAGGUUCCGCUAACCCAGAAAUAGUGCUUCAGGUUAAGAACUUUGCUUCAGGAUAAGAACAGAAAUCGUGCUCCGGCGGCAGCAGGAGGCCCCAUUAGCUAAAGUGGUGCUUCAGGUUAAGAACGGACCUCCGGAACAAAUUAAGUACUUAACCUGAGGUACUACUGUACUUGCUGAGCAUCACAGUUACACACUUCAGUUGUUCUCCUGACAUAAACUGGAAAGAUGGGAUUUGUGCUACUAUUCUAUGUGACCUUGUCCACUCAUAACUUCAGGUUUAAAUGUAUUGCACUACUAAACAGCAGGGAAAGGUAGAAGAUCAUCAUUUGUGAAUCCCAGAUCACUUCCCUUGAGGAGGUUUCUCCCUCUCUAAGAUUUAAUUGAUCAGAGUUGCGCAGGAUUGUACUCAGUUUGCAUGAGUAAUAAUAGUUAAUAUUUGAUGUCUCUUAUCAGGUUGCCUGUGUGUUAUGAAGAUUUGAUUACUCCGUAAACACUUGUCUGUGGUGGUGGAAUAUUUUAUCUGAGUUUUGAAGGUCAGACAUCCUAGAGCUGUUUCGCACACUGUACAGAUGUAAACAUGGAAUUGCCUGAACAGGGAGCUGCAGGUUAUUGCGCCUUGAUUAGGAUAAACAUGUUCACACUUAUUUUACAUUUGCAUUUAAAAAUAUAAUUUUAUUACAUUUCUAUCCCACCUUACUCCAAGGGGCUCAAGGUGGCAGACAUAGUUCUCCCAAUUUUGUCUUCACAACAGCAUUGAGAGGUAGGUUAGGCUGAGUGGCAGUGAAUGUCCCAAGGUUGCCCAGUGACAUGGCAGUGGGGAUUCAAGCCCUACACCACGCUGGAAAUAAUAAUGUGGGAAAUAGUUCUUAACAACUGUUGCAGUGGAAGCAAGAGCCUUGUGGCACCUUAAAACUGGCAGAACUGGUAUUGAAAGAGGCCCACUUCAUGAGAUGUACAGUAGUUGGCAUUUUUUCUUGCUCUGUGAGCUUAAUUUAGGUACUGUUUAUAGCUGGCGGUUGCUCUGCAGACAUCUGGCUUCACUGUUCUAAAAUUGAACCGCAAUUUUUUAUGUUCAGUCUUUCUAGUUGUAGCUUUGUGUCAGCUCAGGCUUAUAAAUAGUCAUUUGCAAGGUUGCCUGUGUCAAAUAGUCACACAAAGGAGAGUCUGAAGCAUGGAAGUUGGUUUACAAAGGUCCCCACGCCUGCUUUUUGGGCUACAGAUGGCUAACAGGUUUGUGUGGGCAUGAACAAAUCUGGAUCUUUUUCAUAGAGAUGGGACCAUCAAUCUGACAAACAUUAAAGGUAUGCUAUUCAAAUGCUGAAGGCCUGCAGUGAAGCUUCUUAUUACUAAGCCUAGAAGAACACUUAUCUCUGUAGCAGCCAUACAUACAGUAGCAACUUUUCUGCAAGACACACAGCUGGAUUAUCAAACAUUACUCAGCUAAACGUUUGUGCGGCUUGCUGCUGUCUACCUGCCAGUAGGUAAAUCCAGGACACUCCCCGCCCCCCAUACUUUGGUUCUUCAGGCUUUGUGUGAUGGCUCUUAAACAAGUCUUGACAGAUUUGUUCAUUCCCAGGCUGAGCAAAAUUCAGAACAGGUUUACCAUAUUCAGCAAUGGCCGAGUUCCUACGCUUUCUAGUUUAUUGAUCUUGCACAAUGAUUAAGACGCAUUUCUACUUCUGGGCAGUGUUGGAUCUUCAAAAAUAAGGGCAUGGUGCUUUUGGCAGUGUCAUGGCACACCUUUUAGCUUGCCAAUAAUUUAGGACACUUUGUUAUUUUUAGUUGUGGUCCAGCUUCUAUUUGAGAAGUAAAUUGCUGAGGGGAGGGCUGAUGACUUCAGUACCCUAGCUAGGAAUACUAUAAAUAGCCUCCAGUGUGAAAAUCCCCAAGUCAUCAUAACUUCCCUGAAUAGGGCAGAGCAUUUGUCUUCAAAGGCAAGAUGUGACAUUUAAAGUUCUCCAGGAAAGCUCUAUUGCACUACAUGCAGAAUAAUGCUCUAAGUUGUGCUUAUGUAUUUGUGUGUUAAUUGCGGCAUUUGGUUUACCAACCUUAGAGAGAGCUUCUGAGAAUCCUCUCUUCCCACUCUGCUCCAUCUAUCACGGGUUUAAUUUGAUUGGCAGCUGGCUGUUCGAAAGUGCAGGUGAUGCUUUCGUGGAGCACUUCUGGGGUUCAUUUGCCAUGGGACAUGCACAUGGUCCUGGAACAUUUAGGGGUAGAUAUCAUCUUCCUGUGUGCUUAACAUGGUGCAAGCGCUCCUUGUUGACAGCUGAUAAAGCACACCAGAUUUGUCACUUGACUAGCUUGCCAUUCAAAAAUUAUUUCAGCUGGCCUGUGACACAGAUCUCCUGGGUUGGCUGAACUACUUGGGACUUCUGCACUUUACUACUCCUUGCUGGUAACCUACUGGCUUUGCAAGUGCAUAUGAUACAGAGCUGUCUCUAAGGUUUCUUUCUGUCUCUCUCUCUCUCUCUCUCUCACACACACACACACACACACACGAGAGAGAGAUAAAAUAUUAGAAUGGAUAUUGAGCCUAUUAAAUGUGUUGCAGCAACUUUGAGAGAGACUGCCUGUGUGUAUAAAAACCGUCCCGAGAGAGAAUGUGAUGAAAUAGGAUAGCUGUGCAGCCAAGAAGGAGCCAUAUCCAUAUCCUUAAUGUCCAGAGCGCCUGUCAGGAAAGAACAGUUCUUUCAACAGCAGCAGUGCUCCAGAGUUAACCACCAGGCAAACUGAAUAUCUGUGGGAGUUUGUGGUACUAAAUUAAAGAUACUGUGCAGUUGGAUGUGAUAUAUUUAAGGUCUUAAACUUCAGAAAGAUGCUGUGGUCUUUUUUUCAGCUUUGUGCAUCCUGUAUGGUCAAGGAUUGAUGCCUCCAAAAUGCUCAGAUCUGAAUGUGCUCUUCCCGACUCAGUGGCCCAGUUCAGACAGUUUCCUAAACCUAACGUAGGUGGCCAUGGUUUAAUAUCCUGGUUUGUUUUAGCUAACCUGAAUUGGUUGGAGCAAACCACAGUCCUUAAGAGUUGGCACUGGUUGGUGGAUGCUUUCACUUUCCUCAUAUGCAAAGGAGGGAGAGUGGGAAGUGAGAUUGCACAACCUGAGACUUUUUGCGACUCAUUCCCUGAUCUUUCAGGCGUUGGGAGAUUCUCUGAAUCAGACCAAAGUCUCAACAGCUGCAGCUCAACAUCCGUCAGUAUUCUUAUUUUUCCUCUCUUGGUUUCCUUGCUCAUAUGACACUUUGUUCUGUAAGGUCCAGUGUUCUUUUCCAAGAAAAAUAGGUGCUUGAACUCACCAUGAGGUUGUUACAAUAAAUCGCUAGGCGACUCUGGUCAGCCCUGAACAGAUGCCAGUUUGACAACAUCUGCUUUAACUGCCUGCAGAGGUGCUAAAAACCAUGGCAAGCUGAUUAGGGGUCGCCCCUGGUGCUUGUUCAUGUCACAUAAAUGCGUCCCCACCUCCUUAGAUUCGGACGGAUGACUAGAGCAGCUCAGAAGGGCCAGGCAGAAACACGCAUGUGGGCAAUAGUAGAGACCUGGCUGGAAAGCUUAAGGAAAAGUGUAGACUUGUACACACUGGCCAGCUUCCAUUUUGACUUGAAAUGUCCGUUUUGGGCAUAAAGGCAAGAAACGGGCAAGGGGAGAUGCUGGCCCACAAUGGUGCUCAUCUGAGAGGAGCCGGAACUGUACUCCGGCUGAAAUAAAGCCCCGAUAAGGUCAGAUUGGGAAAUGUGUGAUCGCAGGCAUCCUUGAUACUGCUCUCCGUCUUGCAUGGGUACGGCUCUGUUUCAUCCUGGUGCCAAAUUGCUGCCAGCUCCAGCAAUUCUGUGUGUGUUAGGAGGUAGAGGAUACAGAAUUUUCCAGGAACAGCCUUCUCACUGUUCUGUUUUCCUUUGCACUCCCUGCUACUCCCUGGCUGGAUGUGAAGUUCAGCAAGGCACCAGAUCUGCUACAGCAGCCAGUAAGUGGGGAAUGGUCCCAGACACCAGAGUGGUUCAAACUCCUUGCCCAAGUAGCAAAAGGUUUGUUCAAACCUUGUCCUUGUCCUCUAUUCAUUCUGUUCAAAGCAACUCUUGACACUUUUCUCUGGCCUCCCAAAAUAGCUAAUCAUUUACGGGAACAAGAAUGAUGACAUUCAGAGAUUAUGAUUCCUUUUAAAAUGUAUAAAUCACAUUUCACUCAGGCAGGCAGUGACCCCUUGAAGUACACUGUUUUGUUUUUUACAGUGAAUUCAUCUUGUUUAACCGUCAAUAAAUAUCAACUGCCACCUCUUGCAUCUCAAAUCCUUACAGGCACGGACAGUUGAGUUCCCUUUGGUGCCUUGAAAGGAAAUUUUGGGAUCAACCAUCAAAAUGGCUCAAAGAAUGAUAGCCCUUUGCAGCAUACAUUUUGUGAAAUGUUGAAAGAGACUGUGAAAACCGAGAAAUUGCUGUUAUCUCUUUUGGAGUGGAAGAAUGGGAAUACAAAAGGUAGAAUUGUUGAAGAGGCCAAGAGCUCUUUCUGAUCACAGUGAAACUUGCAUUUCAGGGCUUGCAUUUACUUAUCUUACAAGAUCUGAUUGAACCCUCUUGUUAAAUUUAAUGGGUAAUAUGGUGUAUUCUGAGUUUUGGGGGUAUGUUAAAUUAUUCUCUGGAUGAUAAAUUGCAGGAUUUUUCAUCCUCUGCUAGAGUGCAGAAUAAACCAGCAUUUAAAUUUGGUUUUUGGGUUCAUCAAUAGAGCCCCUUAAAUAUUUUUUAUUAAGUGGCAUAAAAAUUAUGAAUAUAAAACAACUGAAAGUUCUUGUCAUGAAGAAAGGCACAGUUAGCAUCUGUUGCUAUAUCAAUUCAAUUGAAUUGAAUUGAUGCUUUUGAAUUAUGGUGCUGGAGGAGACUCUUGAGAAUCCCAUGGACUGCAAGAAGAUCAAACGCAUCCAUUCUUAAGGAAAUUAGCCCUUGGUGCUCACUGGACGAACAGUUCGUGAAGCUGAGGCUCCAAGACUUUGGCCACCUCAUGAGAAGAGAAGACUCCCUGGAAAAGACCCUGAUGUUGGGAAAGAUGGAGGGCACAAGGAGAAGGGGACGACAGAGGAUGAGAUGGUUGGACAGUGUUCUUGAAGUGACAAACAUGAGUCUGACCAAGCUGCGGGAGGCCGUGGAAGACAGGGGUGCCUGGCGUGCUCUGGUCCAUGGGGUCACGAAGAGUCGGACACGACUAAAUGACUAAACAAACAAGUUGCUAUAUUUGACACUAUUUAGAAGUUACCUUGCUAUGUUUGAGCGUUUUACCGUUCACUGCAAACUUGAACAUUGAUGUGGCAAUAUAGAAAAUGUGACUAAGUCCUUGGUUUCCCUUUCCAGAUCUUUUAGUAUUUAAGGGGGGAAGAGUUGUACAGUUUUGAUGGAAACUACCUAUGCCUCACGCCCUGGAGAGCCACUGCUAGUCAACAUAGACAAUACUGAGUUUCGUAGAUCCCAGAUCAUAGAAUAGUAGAGUUGGAAGGGACCUUGAGGGUCAUCGAGCCCAGUGUUUCCCAAACUUGGAUCUCCGGCUCUUUAUGGACCACACUUUCCAUGAUCCCUGACCACUGGUCCUGCUAGCUAGGGAUGCUGGAAGCUGUAGUCCAAAAACAGCACGAGACCCAAGUUUGGGAAACACUGAUCUAGUCCAAACCCCCCCCCCCAAAUUUAGGACUCUUUUGCCCAACGUGGGGCUCCAACCCACAGCCCUGAGAUUUAAGAGUCAUCAUGCUCUACCGAUUGAUUGGUCAUACCUGGGAGAGUUUGAUGAACUCUUUGUCCCCAGUGUAAAUAUCAAAGCUGAAUUGUUGCUGGAGGCAUAGAACAAGCCUUUAGUGACUGUGCUGGGGAUGUGUUGGGAGAGGAAGGAGUCUGUUUUCCAGAUUUCGUAAUCUGAAUUAAUAGUGAUUUUGAAGGGAUCCCUAUCCUUUUACUUGCAAAGUUAGAAGUCUUGGCAAGGGUGUUACUUCAUUGGUUGCUGCUGAGACCAAUGCCAAGUGUGUUCAAGCUGAGCAGAUAGCAUUACAGUUUUUGUGACAAACUGUUAUCUUUUCUAGCUCUUCACGCUAAGGUGACCUUGGCGCCUUUUGCUUUGCUUGGAUGUUCUCGGGCCCUCCCUCUCUUGACCAUGGGAACUGAUGCACCGUUGCCUGUGAGUGGUGUUCUUGGGCCCUGUGCAAAGCUUAUCUCUUUCUGGAACGGUUCGUUGCAAUUGUGCUUUUUGUUUUAAGACCUCUGCAAAAAGUGAUAUAUUGCAGCAGUAGCAUCGGUCAUGUUAAAAGUUUAUAGAGGCAUCACCCUGCUUAUGCGGGGGGUUACAUUCUGGCCCUUGCAUGCUUAAGUGAAAUCACGCAAAGUGGGGAGCAUCCUCUUAAAAGCCCCUAAAUGCCUAUGUGUCCCUGAUCUCCAGCUCUCUUUCCACACAACUCUCUGUUCAACUAGAGUUGAAGCCGGCUGAAGCCCGGAGGACAUAUGGGAAAGCGGCAACUGCCCUACCCCGUACAUCAGCUGUUAGGCGGGGAGGCUGAGCAGCCUAAGCAAAGCCUGGCUGUGCCUCAGGUCUUUUCGGGGCUUCCUCCACCCUCACGGAGGUCCUCUUUGGUUUCCUGGGAGGGUCUCCUUGUGAGCCAUGAGGACUCUCCAACUCUCUCCUGCCAUUUCCUGUUAGGAUUUUAUUUAUUCAUUUCCUGGUGCCGCACACAUGUGCAGUUGUGCGCGAGUAGAAUGCCUAGAAGUGGGGAGAUGCCUGUAUUUGCAUAGUAGAACAGUGAGUUAAAUCCUAUAGGUGCUGGAGGAUCUGCAAAGAUUCAGGAAGAUAUUGAUGGGCUGUUCUGGACCACCAAAUGCCCAAGUUGUUUGAGCAUAAAAUGUGAGAAAUGUCUUUGCAGAUGAAAUCUAAGGGCCGCCUCAUCCAGCAGUCUGUUCCCAGCAGUGGUCACCUAAGAAAGGGACCCUGAGGAGGUGGAGACAGUGGCCUCCUGUUUGCUUCUGGUUAUCAGGUGCUGGAGACAAACUACUCCUGAAGAUGGAAGCUCUACUUACAGCUAUCAGGGAAAGUAACUGCGAUCUUGAAAACUACCUCUGCCAGAGGUUACCUCAGCCUUUGGAUAAUGAGUUCCAUAAGUAAUGCAUCACUUGUGAAGAACUAGGUGGUGUUUCUUCUAGAGUGUGGUGCUUAAUCCCGCUAUGCCAUAUCUUGAUUUAUUUCCGUAUUUUUAAAAAGCAGUGUACAUCUUUCCCAUUGUUGACUUUCAUAAAAUCUCAGCACCUCCCCAGCCUUCAAUUUCUUAAAUUACACCUAAACAGGGUGGAUUGGAUUUAAAUCAAAUCAAUUUAAAUCACUAGUCAGUAAGACUUGAUUCAAAUCAUUUUUUUACAGAAAGACUCAUUCUUGCAUAUUUGCAACCAGAUGAAGGUUUCAUUUUUGGAAUAAUAAAUUUUCAGAGUAGUUUUUACAAUUAUAUAAAAAAUGACUGAUUUGGUUAUACUAUUAGAAAUACAUAGACAGAUGAUUAUGAAAUUAUUGUGGUUUGAUAAGUUAACUUUAUAUUUGGACAGCCUUUCUGCUGUACUUUAUUGGAAGAAGAAAAAUAAUCAUUUUCUUAAUAACAAUUUGAACAAUUUAUUUAAGUAAAACAAUAACAUUAUAGCAUAUGUAUCCAUGUUACUGAUGUGGUUAAACGAUUUUUUUUAAAAAAAACUUAGACUGAGUUUUAGCACACAUGAAAAACUUAUAACAAACCCUUACUUCCUGAUGAACAGCCUUUGGACUGUAAUGUAACUUAAAUAGAAAACUAUAUUUAGAAAGAUUUUUCCUCCAAAAGCAUUUUAUUUAAAAAAUCCGAUUUAAUUUUUUUUAAAAAUCCAAUUUUUUUUAUUAUUAUUUUUUAAAUAAUUGAUUUUUAUCUACCCUAAAGCAAAUUGUGGGUUGUUGUUGUUUUUUUAAUGUUCCAGAAAGUUUUAACUGUCGCAAAAAAAUGAAGCACUGGAGAAAUUUCCCACCCUCCCCUGAAGUUUCUCCUGUGUCCCGAGAGCUGCUCCUAAGUGUGCCAUCAGCACAGUGCCAGGAGUUUGAAUGUGAAGGUUUGGUCAGAGGGCUCUUUGUGGUUGUUGCCCAGCUCUGGGGUGGCUUCUUAGGCCUUUUGCUAAAGCUGGGAAGCCUGGAGGCCUCUCCCGUAGCAACCCUGAUUGGGUGUGCAUUUAAUGGCCAGUGAUAAGUAACUCUUAUUGAUUUUAGAAUCAGGGUUUAUAGGUUUAUGCAAGUGGUUACCUUGAACCUCUGGCAGCAACAGUCUAGAUUGCUGGCGGUAGUGAAUGUGGCAGUGGACUUGGAAGUAGCUAUUUUUACAGGAAGGGUGCAUAGAAUCAAUGGAGAAACUCUCUUUUUUCUUUUACUUUGAUUAAUGCUCAUGCUUCUUUGAUGGACCCUGGGAGGAGAAAGAGAUCUUGCCAAAGGUAUCACAUCCGUUAAGUCUCUCAUGUUCAAUUGUUUAAGGAUAAUUUAAUGUUUAUCCUCCGUUUGGAUGGACUUGCUAACAUUGAGGGUUCUGUUGUGGAGUUCUUCCGAGACAACCUGGGAAGGUAUCUUCCUCUUGGCUGAUUCUGUAAAGGGACAUAGAUGGGAGAAUUCCAGUUCGAAUCAGUUCUUCAAGUUGGGCGUCAUCUGAUUCGGGCAUUGAGGCAGCUUCUCCUUGAGGCAAAUCUUGUUGCAGUUAUUCUAGAUGGGAGCUGUUUACUAUGUUAGACCUGAAGUGAAUGAAAAGCGGGGCAUUGUUUCAGCUGUGAAUAUUCUGUGUGGCUCGCAGUGUGUUUGGAUUCAUGUUGAGGUUUUGUUUUUUAGAGCUUGUUUCUGGAAUGUUGUGACUCUGUGGAAUGUUGUGAUUAUGGGUGGACUAGAUGACCCUAGGAGUCUCUUUCACUCCACAAUUCCAAUUUUAUUUCCAUGAUCCUUCCCCCCCGCCCAUUAUUCACUGAAGUGGGUAGAAAAAAGCUAGAUCAGCCUUCCUACUCGUCCAGCAUUUGUACAUGAGUGUGGAAAUUGCCCCUUUUAAAUGAGCCGGAUCAAAAGUUGUUGCAGGGUUUUAAAUUCUUUGGAUGCUUUUUUUAAAAAUCCCAAAUGACUGGGGGCCCUGGGGAAAGGAGCUGGAUCCAGAGUUUGGGGUAGCCACCCCUGCCUUAGGUUAGUAAUUUUUGCCCUCUUGGGUUGGAAGGCCAUGCUUUGUCUGUGAUUCAUCUUUCAGAAUACUUCCUUUUUAAUAGCACAUCGUUUUGUUUUGCUGACACCUGUAUGAGGGUAGACUGACCAGUCUUGCAUGGGCUUUUGUUUUUCCUCCCUGGAAUCCCCACAGCUUCCAGGGUCUAGGUUCUCUCUCUCUUUUUUCUCUCCAAAUAAUAUUUAUUAUUUUCAGUAGAUAAACAUAGUAAAAAAAGAAAAGAUUAACAAUUAUAAAAACAAACAAAAAAUAGGAGAAAAAGAGAAAAAAGAAAAAAGAUACAUACAAUAUAUUACCACUUAAUUAAUUAAAAUUAAGUACUAUCCAUCUUCAUAAACAUAGUGUUUGACUUCCUCGAAUCUCUUCCAUCCGAAUUUCUUAGUAAUUAUAUGUAGCAGUUUCCAAUAUCAGAGUUUCAAAAGACCAUAUCACAGUCCUAAUUAUAUUAUAUCGCUUUCCUUAUCAUACAUUUUCUUAUUUAUAAAUUUAAUUCAAUUUUAAUCCUAGGCCUAAUUGUUUCUUUCAAGUGGUUACAUAUCUUUAAUAUUACAAUACUUAUUCAAAUAGUCUUUAAAUUUCUUCCAGUCUUCUUGGUGUUACUCUUCUUUCUGGUCGCGGAUUCUCCCGGUGAGAAUCCAGGGUCUAGUUUCUCAAGCCAGAGUACCUGCUGAAGUCACUUUAGGAGAACUAAAACGCUGAGCCGAAACAUAGCCAGUGGUCUCAUGGCAGAACACAUUCUGUCUUCUACCGCACUUGGCCUAAACUGCCUCUUCAACAUAGUUUGGAGCAACUGCACAUAACAAUGGCUGUAUGUCCAGACAUGAGAAUGACUCUGUUCUGUUCAGAGUAAAGAAUGAGUAAAUGCCUUCCGGAGAAGACAUCCUUGUUAGGCGUGGUUUGCAAUCUUCAAAUAAACUUGUGCAUCGCCCCAGAGCAGUGCUAUAAUUUGUGCUGUUUCAGUGGUGCCACGUAACAGUUCCGAAGAUGGCAUCUCAGUGGAGCUGAGAUGCGUCUCUCUCUAGUCUGUACCAUUGUUCUGCUUUAGGUUAGAGCUGGCCGGUUCUGCUUUUCCCCCAGGCCAGAAUGCUUGGAUCAGGGCUGCCAGCUGGCCUUCUUUGCAGUCCUAAGAGUCAGAGGCAGAAGAAGGAGUUAAAACUACAGGUUAGGAACAGCCGGUUCCCUCUUGAACCAUGCUUGAGAAACUGUGAAGGUGGGAGAAGAGUUUUAGGUCUGCUAAAUACUUGCCAGCUUUCAUGCUACUGGUGUUGUAAGUAUAUUUUAGUUUCCACAUUUCAUUGGAAGCUAUUUGGUGACAUGUCAGCUGGACAGCACUGGAAUCCCUUGUUGCCUUGCACCCAGUCCUGCAAAUCUCUCUGCUAUAUCUUUCUUGUGAAUGCAUAGUGGCCCUGCUCUUUCUGCUAGGAAGAGCAUAAGAAGAGCUUACUCCUGGAUCAGGCCAGUGCCCCAACGAGUCCAGCAGUCUGUUCUCGCAGUGGCCAGCCAAAUGCCUCUUCUGGGAAACCCUCAAGGAGGAUAUGAGCACUGCAGCAGCAGUCUGCCCACUGGCGAUUCCCAGCAAUUGGUUUUCAGUAGCGUUCAGCCAGCCUUCUGGGCUUGGGUGCGGUUCAGAACAGAUAUGCUAGGUGUGGCAUAUGCCACUAAAUACACAUUGGAUGACUCCAAUUAACUCAUACUUGUACUAGACCCGUUGAAAUCAACAAGCUCAACUUCCUAAGUCCAUUGCUUUUGUUGGAGUCUAUUCUGAGUAUCACUAAUGUUGGAUAUCACUCAAUAACUUCCCUUGCUAGCAUCUAGAUGAAAAAAUCUGCAGAAACCUACUUAUCCCAUAUCUGUGGCUGUCUCUGUGCAUAUUUUAGAGAAUAUGAGUGUCUUCUAAGAUGUCACUUCUGAGACGGUUGCAUUCUCCCCAGUACCAGCUAGUUAGAGGAUCAUUAUUCCAUUAGUUGCUUCCUCCAGCUUUUUCUUCUUCUUGGUACUGAGAAGCAUUGGGUGACUGGUGCAUCUUCUUCAGGUAGUAGCUGUGUGUGAGGCCUUAGUAAUAAAGAUGACCCUUCUGCUCUUGUAGAAAUACCUGUUCAGCAAAGGCAGUGUGGCCUAGUGGUUAGAGCAGGGGUUGGCAGCCUAAGGCCCAUGGGCCACAAGUGGCCCAUGGGGGUCAUUUUACCGGCCCACGAGCCGAGCUACCUGCUUGGCUAGUCCCCACGCGCUGUGCUAAACCGGCGCGGUGCAGGAACUCAUUUUUGCGGCGCCGAAAAUCACGUCUGCACAGAUGCAGACACCGGUUAUCACGUUUGCGCAGAUGCCAGAAAUAAUGGGUGCGCGAUCCGGCCCACGGAGGGGGCUCCGCGGCUUUGAACUGGCCCAGGCAAGGUAAGCCUUACCGACCCCUGGGUUAGAGUGUAGAAAAAUCAUAAUGUUGUCGACCAAAAACAUCUGCAGUUUUCAAGUCUGGAAGGAGGGAAACGUUUGGGAACCACUGCUCGAGUUUCUUGUAGCUCAACCCUGCAGUCUCCCCCUCCACACACAGUAGAGCAGGCACAACGAAAAAUCCGCCAAGUUGGAGGACAGAAGUAAUCUAAUUUUACUUAGGUGCUGUGAGGAAGACUACAGAAACAAAAAGAAUGCAAUGCCAAUCCCUAGCUGAGUUGUCCCCAAAUUUUAUGGAGACAUAGGGCUGGGGAAAGUGGGCUCUCCCCACUGCCCCAAAAAAUCACCUUUGUGUUUGCUAGCCAAACUAGUGAAGGUUGGUUGUGACACUGUUGCUACUGUGUUUGUAGAAAGAGAAAUGAGGGUCACGUGAGGUGGUGCUCGAGGCUUUGGAGACAUUCAUUUAGGCUUCAACUGGAAGGAACUCAUGUUAGGCGUCCUUUAUUCUAUAGGUGUGAGAUGCUGCGAGGAAGAGCAAUAAGUUGCUGUUGUUCUGCAGAGAUUACUGGCAACUAAGGGGUGUCGCUCCUGUUCAGGGUUCCAGCAGCCAGAGGGUCCCUUUCAGGAAACUCCAUCCGUUUCCUUGCUGCCUUCUCUCCUACCUCUCAGGUGGGCCACCAGCAGGCUCUGUUCUUGGGAAUUCCCCCUUAGGGUUCCUUCCGAAUAUAUGUUUUUGUUGUGCUAUAAGCGUCAGGGUCAGCGUGAGUCUCCUGGUGGCCCCCUCUUGUGCACAAGAACCGGCACAGAAAUGUUGCUAUGCAUCCUUACUUCCUAGCCUGUUUUCCUCAUUGGCACACAGUGUGUGCAUGUGCACACUUCCUGCUCUCUUAACCACAGUUCAGAAUCCCUUGUAUUGUGCAUGAGCUGCUCCUGAACGUCAUGUAGUGAUUCAUAUUUUCUGAAACCCUGUAAGUUUGAUUGAGACUUGAGACGAAGUGGGUCUUGGUUUGGAGCAGGGGUGAGUGAGCGUAUUGCAAUGGCAGUUCAGCUUGUGACUGCCUGCUCUGGAUUUCCAACUCCUAAGAGACUGCGAUCUGCUGACAGAAUAAAAAACUGGCAGUGAUCUACCGCUUUGGGUGGCGGUUCAGGGAAAAGUUGUUGAGUUUCUUUUAGGGAGGAAAGUCUCGGUUUUUUAGGGGUUCAGGCCAAAGAUGCUGAGCUUUUUGGGAUGAGAAAGGGGGAAAGUUGCUCACCAAAAUACAAUCAGCCUCAGAGAGAAAACUCCGUCUUCUGUUCUAGAUCAUGCAAGAAUGGAGAGUGGGGCAAGGGGGAAUAAUAAUAAUAAUAAUAAUAAUAAUAAUAAUAAUAAUAUAUUAUUUAUUCCCCACCCAUCUGCUGGGUUUCCCCAGCCACUCUGGGCAGCUUCCAACACAAUAUUAAAAUACAGUAAUGCAUCAAACAUUAAAAGCUUCCCUAAACAGGGCUGCCUUCAGAUGCCAUCUAAAAGUCUGGUAGUUGUUGUUCUCUUUGACAUCUGGUGGCAUUCCACAGGGCGGGUAUCACUACCGAGAAGGCCCUCUGCCUGGUUCCCUGUAACUUGGCUUCUUACAGUGAGGGAACCGCCAGAAGGCCCUUGGCGCUGGACCUCAGUGUCCGGGUAGAAUGAUGGGGGUGGAGACACUCCUACAGGUAUACUGGGCCAAGGCCAUUUAGGGCUUUCAAGGUCAGCACCAACACUUUGAAUUGUGCUUGGAAACAUACUGGGAGCCAAUGUAGGUCUUUCAAAACCAGUGUUAUGUGGUCUCGGUGUCCGCUCCCAGUCACCAGUCUAGCUGCCGCAUUCUGUAUUAGUUGUAGUUUCCGGGUCAACUUCAAAGGUAGCCCCACAUUGCAGUAGUCCAAGCGGGAGAUAACCAGAGCAUGCACCACUCUGGCAAGACAGACCACGGGCAGGUAGGGUCUCAGCCUGCGUACCAGGUGGAGCUGGUAAACAGCUGCCCUGGACACAGAAUUGACCUGCGCCUCCAUGGCACAGUUACCCCAUUCAGGACCAGGGAGUCCUCCACACCCGCCCACCUCCUGUCCUCCCAAGAACAGUACUUCUGUCUUGUCAGGAUUCAACCUCAAUCUGUUAGCCGCCAUCCAUCCUCCAACUGCCUCCAGGCACUCACACAGGACCUUCACCGCCUUCACUGGGCAGGGCAGGAUGCUCUUUUCCCGCUGAUAAGGAAAGGGAGCCGGGGAUCUACCAGUAGAUCGCGAUCAACCUGUUGGACGUCCCUGGUGUAGGUCAUAGAAUCUUAGAGCAGGAGGGGACCCUGAGGGUCCUUUAGUCCAACCCCCUACAAUCCAGGAAUCUCAACUCAAGCAUCCAUGACAGGUGGCCAUCCAGCCUCUGUCCCAGUGAUGCCGUCUCACUUCCAGUGUUCAGUUUGUUGCUUGCAAUAGAGGUGGAGGAACUCCCAUCUUGCUCCAAGAAAGAAAGAAGAAACCCCACCUCUGGUUCCUCCUUCCACCAGCAGUUGCUUGGCUGCAACAGCAGCUGCUUCAUCAAGUUGUAGCAGAGGGAAGAUGGGAAGCUGAGUUGCUGCAUCAGCUCAAUAAUUUUCCACUCCUGCUCCUCCUCUCCUUGAACUCUGCUUUGCUUCCUCUGGUUAUUGCAAGGACUCUGUGGACACAGUGCCCCAGUUGCCCUUUCCCUUCAGCCUUCCCAACCCCCUGUUCCUUUUGUCAUCAUGCCCUUUAGGUUGCAAGGCUGAAGGCAGGGUCUGUCUUCACUCAUCUCUGUAAGCCACUUGGGGAGCUGAACACUUGGCUGUGUGAAAGUCCUCCAGAUAAAAUCACGGAUGAAAUCAAGAGGAAACAUGGACUUAAUUCAAAUUCAACUUAACAUUCUUUCCAUGACGUGUAUUUCAUAUUAACUUCAGCAAACGUGUCUGAAGUUAUGAAACAUUUCCUAGAGGAUAUGUUAGCUAUCUCCACUUAAAAGCUUACAUUUUGGGCGGGGCAUAAAUAAUAAAUUAUUAUUAUUAUAUGUAAAAGGUAUCUUCACAUGCUGGACUUCCCAUAUUGAGAAGGCCCUGGACUUGUUUUCCAUAGUAUGAAAGUUUGUUCGCCUUGGUGAUGCUUCUGCUGCUGCUCCAAGAUCAUGUUUCAGUUCAUUAAGAUUUCACAAUAUUUUAUCUAUUCCCAGUAACUGCUGUGCUCAUAUGAGUGUAGCUUUGACAUUUGCUCGUAGUGCUCUCAGAUUUUGAGAAGGUUCAAGUUUUGGUUUAAGACCAAUGUGGGCAUUUUUCUAACAGAAAGCUUUUGCAAAAUCUUGUGUUGGCUGUAAUUCUGGAUUGUAGGAAGGGUACUGUGGGAGAGCUGAAGUAAGCAUAACAUUAGUGCUCCUGAUUUAGGUUCGUCUCUCAUGAUGCCACAUGUCGAAUGAUGAAUGCCAGGCCCUUAAUCCUGGUACCUGACUGGGAUGCAGCUGCGGCAUCCCACACCCUUGUGAGCGGAACAUAUACGUUCCUUUUGAACACAUAUAAUUCUUGAUUGUUAUCAUUAUUAAACCACCCUUUUAUAGAAGUUCUCAAACAGCAUAUGCACGAAUCUUUUUGUGGGCGCUUUGCAAGUCUUUUUGGACAGCAGACAGAUUGUCAAUUAACAUUACAGUGCUGUGCUUAAAUGCAAAUAUGAAUUGCAUGAGAAAUUGGUGACUUCCUUUGUUUACCAUUUUUAAAAAUUCAUGUUGAUUAAACUUUAAGAUAAUCCCAGAGAGGCAGAGGACCAGGAUGAAUGAGAUUGACCUCAAAUUGAAAAUACUAAAAUAGGACAAACCUUUUGUUUCCUCUUCUCCUUUCCAACCUUUUGUUCUGAAGCUGCAAAGCAGCUCACAGUAAAUUAAAUACACCCCCCUAUAAUGAACAUAAUAACAGAGCAGAAACUGUGAAAACUUUUAGAUUAACUCUCAACAAAUGAUACAGAAGAAAGUCAGCAUAAUCAAAAAAUUAGGAAAAGUCAGCCAUGAACCAUAACUCCAAAGACUCUAAAAAGAAGAGUAUUUUUCUCUUCCUCAGAAAGACUACAGUUCAAGAGAGACCAUGUGCAUAGGCCUUAGCUUCGGACCCUGGUGUUACCUGGGCUGCCUGCAGCCCUGUUUACACAUGUUCAGAAACUCACGUCUUACAGAAGUAUUCACAGAGGGAGAGUCUUUGUCCUGUAUUAAAUUUCUUUCCCAGCCCCAGGGUGGGUCACAUAAUAAAUCAAAAACACAUACGUAACUGUCAGGUCGCAUAAACUAACAUUCGCAACAGAGCACCUUAACUGUCUGUUUGACAGCACAGCAAAGAAUAAACAUAAAAAAUACAGACCAUACCUCCUCAUAUGCCUUAUGAAAAGCCUGGGUGAAGAGACUUCACCUACUCUUUAAUCCGGAAGUUGCUGUGUGCUAUAGGUGUUAUUGAACUGCACUUACACACAGCUUAAUGACUUGGAGGAAUCUGCAAAAAGACAACUCCGUUUCAGUAUAACUUGGAAUAAACUACAGGCACUAGUGAAAUGGCUUUGUAGCUUGAAGCACCAAAUGCCAUGUUAGCCGGAAUGGCCAGGAGAUUGGCUAAAAUGUAAGGCUAUUUGUAGGCUAUAUGGACUGGUGAUUUGUGGCAGGUAUAGAAGCAAGGUGUCAAGAUUUUCCAUAGUGGGGGUUGGGGGGCUUGAUGAUGGAUCUUACAUAACUGCACUUAUCGGUAUAGUUUUUCUGGGCAUGUCAUGACUUCUUUUGUUUCUUUUAUAUUUUAGGGAUAGAUUUCAAGAUCAAAACAGUUGAAUUGCAAGGAAAGAAGAUCAAACUGCAGAUAUGGUAAGUGACACAUCAGAAUUUGUGGGGGGGUUAUGUUGAUGUGAAAAAGGGGGGUGAGAUGCUUUGGCAAUGUCAAGAUGUGCUCUGUGACUCUCAUAGCUACAGUGAAAAGGGUCGAUUAACCAGACAGUAUGUAACAUAAAUAACAUUCAGUAUGUGCCCUGUGACUAAUUGAGGAAGACAACACGAUGAGAAGAGAUCAGCCACAGCAGGGAGAGAGAGACCUGCAAACAGGACUGGAGGAAAGCUGAAUGAUCUUGCAACUAAGGCAUUUGCAGGCAAUUCUUCUGCAGCCCCAAAGUCUGCCUUUGACCUAAACAGACAAACAUUUGGUGCAGCUUACUUGCAUCCUAUCCACAGGCAGGUUUAUACGUAAGCACGUGCCUGGUCAUCAUAGGCGAGUCAGUGGUCUGAAGGGCGGAGGUUAAAGCACUCUGUUCUUCCUCCACACCUGGCCUAGAAAUGCCUUGGGUGGCUCGAGGAGAGACGGCCCCAGAGCUAAGCCAGCACAGGUGGGCACAGCGGACCUGCUGUUAGGAAUUCCCAUGGCUGUGCUUGCCAGGUUUCCUACGAAGCAUUACAGCUGGGUGAUGAUAUUCUGCUGUGGUGAGUUGGGGCCUUUAUUGUCAUGCUGUCUGGUGAAGGCGUCUAUUGGGCAGAGGGCAGUGGGGAAGUAUCCUGUGCGGAUUCAAAUGGUAAUGAGGGUUAGGGCUGGUUUUCGACAUCACGAUAUAUCAUCAGCUAAACAUCGCAAUAUAUUGAUAUACCACAGUGUCUGAAAUAAAGGAUGGAGCUAUGUCAAGGCUUUGGCUGGUUUCCAGAAUGCGGCAGCUAGACUGGUGACUGGGAGCGGCCGCUGAGACCAUAUAACACCGGUCUUGAAAGACCUACACUGGCUCCCAGUACAUUUCCGAGCACAAAGUGUUGGUGCUGACCUUUAAAGCCCUAAACGGCCUCAGUCCAGUAGACCUGAAGGAGCGUCUCCACCUCCAUUGUUCUGCCUGGACACUGAGGUCCAGCGCAGAGGGCCUUCUGGUGGUUCCCUCAUUGCGAGAAGCCAAGUUACAGGGAACCAGGCAGAGGGCCUUCUCGGUAGUGGCACCCACCCUGUGGAACGCCCUUCCACCAGAUGUCAAAGAGAAAAAUAACUACCAAACUUUUAGAUGGCAUCUGUAGGCAGCCCUGUUUAGGGAAGCUUUUAAUGUUUAAUAGGUUAUUGUAUUUUAGUGUUCUGUUGGAAGCCGCCCAGAGAGGCUGGGGAAGCCCAGCCAGAUGGGCGGGGUAUAAAUAAAUUAUUAUUAUUAUUAUUAUUAUUAUUAUUAUUCACCGUUUUUGCAGAGUGCUUGCACAUACAUCAUAUAUUGCCAUGUCAAAAAUCAUGAAACCAGUAUCACAAUAUGGACUUGAAAGCGGUUUUGAAUGAUAUAUCGCCCAGCCCUAACACAUAUCAUGAUUUGUGAUAUAUUGCCAGGUCAAAAAUCACAAAACGGGUAUCAUGAAACCGACAUUGCUUCUCCAAAGGGGAGCCACCGGGGGUCUUCAAGGGCAGUAGAGCAUCGAGUGCUGAAGGCCCUUUGUGGCCCCAUUCUGUGCUUGCCCCUUGGAGCUUGGCUGCUGCUGCUGCAUGUUUCUCUGCUUCUCUCCACAGGGACACAGCAGGGCAGGAACGGUUUCACACCAUCACCACCUCCUACUACCGAGGUGCCAUGGGAAUCAUGCUAGUGUAUGACAUCACCAAUGCCAAAAGCUUUGAAAACAUCAGCAAAUGGCUCAGAAACAUAGAUGAGGUGAGUCGUGGGGGGUGGGGACCCUAAUGCUGCCCAUUUUGAGAGCUGUGUGUGUGUGUGUGUGUGUGUGUGUGUGGCAAAAAGUCACCCUCGGGUAAAGCAGGGCAGGGUAGGUUUGCCUCAUGUUAAGAACGCAAGGAAAGCCUGCUGGAAGUGGAGCGUGACCCUCCUGCCUAGUAGCCUCCGAUAGCCAUCUCCUCCUCCUCCUGUGAAGUACCAUGCAGCUCUCCCUCAGCACAGACAGGGCUGGCUUCUUUCCUGGUACGCAGAAUCAACCCAGUGAGGCAAGAUUUGAUGCCUAGGUGCCGUGGCCCCUCUCUCUGGAAGCAGCCUCCCACUCAGAUCUGGGCGUUGGCACCUGAAGGCCUCCCUCCCCUUCAUUGGAUUCACGGCCUAGGACCCUUGUACUUACGGGACCGCCUCUCCCUGUAUGCCCCGUGGAGGACCUUAAGCUCCAUAAAUAACAACACCCCAGUGGUCCCAGGCCCUAAGGAAGUCAGAUUAGCCUCAACCAGGGCCAGGGCCUUUUCGACACUGGCCCCAUCCUGGUGGAACGCUCUGUCUCACGAGACCAGGGCCCUGCGGGAUCAGAUUUCUUUCCGCGGGACCUGUAAGACAGAGUUGUUCCGCCUGGCCUUUGGCUUGGAAUCAACUUGAUCCCCUUCCUCCCUUUCCUUUUUCCUUUCUCUGUGACGGAACUCCUAUUUGGGGACUUCCCUGGCUUUUUUCUGGCCCACGUAGAACCAGUCUGGAUAGUUAGCCUUGGUGAAGAUUUGACAUUUUCAUCCCCAAAAAGUUUUUGAUUUGAGUUUCUACUGAAAUGAGGCUGCAUUUUAAAGUUGUACUUAAUCUUGUUUUUAAGUUGUAUUUUAAUUAAUUGUUUUUAUACCUGGUGUUAGCUGCCCUGAGCCCGGUUUUGGCUGGGGAGGGCGGGGUAGAAAUAAAAAUUAUUAUUAUUAUUAUUAUUAUUAUUAUUAUUAUUAUUAUUACUGGGCACAUCAGAGCAUGAGCUUGAGCGGUGGGGCAGAGGGGGUCGGGGAAAUGGACUUCUGGGCUACUGACUAGCAUUGUAACAAACUCUUUUUUAUGCUGUUUUGAUAAAGCGAACCACCUUGAGUAGACUGUCCUCAGAAAGGUAGCAGGGAAAUUAUUUUAGGAGCAAAGCACUAAAUGGAGCAAACGGACAUAAAAUAGCAGUGUUUUCUCUCCCUUUUUUCAAGACAUUGGCCUUCUUAAAUAAUACAUUUAUUCUUAUUACCAUUCAUAAUAAUAAAUGUAUUGGCCACUCUCCAUUACUGCUGCUGCGUUGCAGGGGGUUGGACUACAGCUCUGCAAUUCUAUUAUUCUGUGUUACAACCGUUUGAAGCAGAUGACGUCCACAGGAGUAGGGUGGGUCCUACAUCUCAGGUGUCAAGGGCCAGGGGAUAGAGGUGCACCUUCGGCAUUCGCCAGGGAGGGUGCCAGAUGCACCUCUGUGAAGAGGGAGAUGCCACAAAGAAGAAGACACUUUGCCAAGCCAGCUUCUGAGGGUUAGGUAACUGCUUGACCUUAACACCCAAGAGGGUCUGUGGGAAUGGAUACAGUCUCCCAGAUAUUGGGGGCGUAAGCCUUCGGACACUAAUGGUAGCACCUUGAAUUGGGCCAGCUGUUUUUGAACAGGCUAUGGUGACCCCAGCCAGUGUUGUGACCACUGCGCUUCGGACCCGUUGAAGUUUCUGAUCCGUCUUCAAGGGCAGCCCCACGUAGAGCGCAUGCAGUAAUCUAAUGUGGAAGCCGAAUCACACAAUAACCCAUCAUUUAUGACUGCAUGGUUCUCCCUGAUACUAUUCUAUGUGACAGGCCACUCACAAUGGCGUAGCUAGGUCAGCCUUGCUUUCUGGAGGGAGUAGGAGCAAUGCAGUGAAGACGAACCUAACGGUGCUCUUCUUUGGUUCCGUCCUCUAGCAUGCCAACGAAGAUGUGGAGAGGAUGCUGCUAGGUAACAAGUGUGACAUGGAUGACAAGAGGGUGGUGCCCAAAGCAAAAGGCGAACAGGUGAGUGGCAGUUCCGCUGGACUCUGCAGGUGGCAAAGAGCGGGCCCAGGAGGAGGAGGAGACCCCUGGGCUUGGAGUCACCUGUGGGCAGCUGUCACCAGGUGGUCUGCCUUCAGGGUGGAGGUCUGUGGCUAAUCUGCAUUGGACACAGAUUUCCACAGGCCCAGGCCACUUACCGUAUUUUUCGCUCCAUAAGACACACUUUUCCCCUCCUAAAAAGUAAGGGGGAAAGUGUGUGCGUCUUAUGGAGCGAAUGCAGGCGGGAGGCUCUGCUCAGCGCUCCCUUUAAAGAGCCGCGUGGAGCGUGUGUCUUGGGGGCUUUUCCGCGAGGAGGGAGAAGGGACUGACGGGCUGCCCUCUGUCCCUUCCCCCACCUCCCGGGAAACCCAGCAAGAGCCACUGCCAGGCUCUGCUCAGCGCUCUCUUGUAAGGGCUCCCUUUCGUCCCUCAUCCCGCUUUGUUGGGAAGCCAGCAGAAGAGGCGCUGCGCAGCUGUUGCUCUUGCUCUGCUGGCUUCUCAGCGAAGCGGGAGGAGGGACGGAAGGGUUUGAAGCAAGAAAAGCGAGAGCUGCUUACAUGCUCUGCGCAGAAUAUUUUUUCCCCCUCUAAAAACUAGGUGUGUCUUACAGAGCGAAAAAUACGGUAACUUAUGUUGCAAAACCCGUUAGCGUUUGUUACACUGAUUUGUCCUUUCGUUACGCCCAGACACACAGGCCAGUCUUUGAAAAGCUUUGCGAAUGUUCCUGUCUGUCUCCUCUUCCUCACCCCUUCAAAGCAGAGUAUCCCCGGCUUCCGGAGGGAGCUCAGGGUUACCCCAAGUGGUCAUGAGUUGCCUGUGGACCUACAUUUCGUCCCGCAGGCUAGGGCUGUGAGUCACCUUAAGUCAACUAGCCCUGUCUUAUAAGUUGAGCAUCCUCUUCUCAUAGGGGCCACCUAAGUGUCCUCUCCACACAUCCUUACGGUGGUUCGACAUCGGCUCAGAGACGGAGCUCCUUUGCUGGAUUACCGUAUUUUUCGCACCAUAGGACGCACCGGACAAUAGGACGCACUUUGUUUUAUUUAUUUAUUUUUUAAAAUAAUUUUUAUUAAAGUUUUGAACAACAAAGAAAGAAAAGAAAAACAUACACAAUACAUAUCUCAAAAAAAAGAUAACAAAAACACAAAAAAACCAAGAUUCAACAAUAAAAAACAAAAAACAUAACAAUUAAAAACAAUAUCUCUUUUCCAUUUCCGUUUUUUAGUUUACUUAUUUUCUGGACUUCCUCAUACCUCCCUCUUUUGUAUUCCAGUCCAAAUUGUUUGUCCAGCAAUUUCUUUUCCACUUUUUUAAUCCCAAUCUUUAACUUUAAUAUAAUAUUGAAAUAUAUAACUUCAACUUCUUUAAACCUGAUCUUUAGUCUUAGUAUAAUAUCACAUUAAAAUUUUCCCUCUUAAUUGUCAAAUUUCCAUUUCUUUAAACAUCUUUAAUCCUAAUAGGACGCACUUUGUUUUAGAGGGGGGAGAACAAGAAAAAAAAAAUUCUCCCCCUCUCUGCCCAGCGCCCCUUCAGUGAAGCGGCAGGAGGCGCUGCACAGAGAGGGGGAGAACUUUCCCCCUCUUGUUUUCCCGCUCUAAAACAAGGUGCCGUUUAAGGUGCGUUCAGGCGGCUACCUUGGAAGCCUGGAGAGCGAGAGGGGUCGGUGUGCACAUAACCCUAUCGCUCUCCAGGCUUAAGGUUCCUUUCGACCUGCUCUUUGGGGCUGGCGGGGGGGAAGCCCACCACCAGCCCCAAAGAGCAGGUCAGGGAGCAGCGGAAAGGCGCAGCGGAGAGCCAUAGCUGCGCGUCACCUCUCCAGCCGGGAGAGGGUCGCGGGGCUAUGGCAUCUUCGCUCCAUAGGACGCACACACAUUUCCCCUUCAUUUUUGAAGGGGAAAAAGUGCGUCCUAUAGAGCAAAAAAAUACGGUAGUUUUGUCUCUUUCUAAAUUUUAGCAGGCAAAGCAGCCCAGGCUGGAACAGGCCUCUGCUCACCACACUGACCUCACUUGAGCAUCCAGCAGGCAUGCCAUAUGUAUCAAAUGUUUUAUGUUCUUGCAUGUAAACCUCUUUGGGAACAUUCCUGUACUGCCUUGUAAUUUUUUUAUUGCUGAGGUUGAAGGAUCUCUUCUCACUGCUGUGGGGGGUGUUGGGCAGCAGGACAGAGCUAGCUGCCCAUUUCUGAUACGCAGCAGUGAAGCAUUUGCCAUCCUCACAGGUUUGUUUGUUUCCCCUUUUUCCCUAGAUUGCAAGGGAGCACGGUAUUAGGUUUUUUGAAACUAGCGCAAAAGCAAAUAUUAACAUUGAGAAGGCAUUCCUCACGUUAGCAGAAGACAUUCUUCGAAAGGUAACUGCGGGCUUGGUUGCUCAGUGGGAGGGGAGCUGAACAGGACAAUGGGAACUGGACUGAGAGCCGUGGAGGCUCAGUGGCACAAAUGGGCCCCCAAUGGGUGCUUCUCCCCCACCCCCCACUUUUGCCUAUAGCUGCAAUAUCAGCCUCCUGAGCCUGGAUAGCCUAGUGUGGCUCUGAUGGUGCCAAGAUGGCAAGUUCAGUCCCCGUGAAGGAUGGCUGCCUAUUCCGGCAUUGCAGGGGGGAGGACUAGAUGAUCCUCAAGAGUCCCUUCCAAUUCUGUGAUUCCUUUCCCCAGGUAUAAUAGCCUGCAGGGUUGCUGGGAAAGGGAAGGGGAGGGACACAAUCAGUGUGUGGCUAAAUACCAUGCAUGCAUUCCAUGGUGCAGGAAAGCAAGGAAGAACUGCUUUAUUUCAACUCAGGCUCCUGGUCCAUUGAGAUCAGUACUGUCUGCCCUGACUGGCAGCAGUGGCUCUCCAGGGUUUCAGGUGUGGCCUCUGAUAGGCUUACCUGUAGAUGCUGCUGGCUGCACCUGGGACCUUCUGCUCUGCCACGGAGCCAUGAGCCUUCCCAAGCCCAUAACGUAACAUACCCUGAGAACAAACUCUUUGCCCAUUAAGUGCUUUACUUCAGGGUUUCCCUAAACUUGGGGUCUCCAGCUGCGUUUGGACUACAAUUCCCAUCAUCCCUGACCACUGGCCUUGCUAGCAAGGGAUGAUGGAAGUUGUAGUCCAAAAAAAUAGCUGGAGACCCAAGUUUGGGAAACCCUGCAUUUGAACCCCCGUCGCUGUGCUGUUGAUGUUCACUGAAGGACCAUUGCAAUUCUGACUUAACCUCUGUCUUGCCGCUUUGUUGCAGACCCCUGUAAAAGAGCCCAACAGUGAAAAUGUAGAUAUCAGCAGUGGAGGUGGCGUGACGGGAUGGAAGAGCAAGUGCUGCUGAACGUGCUCCCUUCUCGCCAAGCGCCAUCUUCCUCCUCCUCCUCCUCCUCUUCUUCUUGCUGUGGAAUAAACCACUUUGCCCAUUUUUAACCUUUAAAAAAAAUUAUUUUUUUUUGUUCCUCAUCUUAACAUGGCUCCACUCUUCCUUUGUUCUUCUGUUUCGGGAGAACUCGCUGACGAUAAUUUUUCUGGAAACUGUAUUAAAAUCAUGUCUGACUCUUCUUUUCUUUUAAUGUACCAGCUCAACUCGGCGUCACAUCCUGGUUGUAUUAUAGCCCAGUCUUAACAUUAAAACUUAGAGCAAAUCAUUUCAGCUCCUUCUGCAAAUUGUACAAGAAUAAAACUUAGCAUUAACAGUUUAUUUUGUACAGCAGUGGGGUUUUGUUAAUGAAUUCUGUGCUUAAGUCACCAUAUUUGCAUCGGCAAAAAAAAAAAAAAUCCAUUCGCCUUGAGUAUGUAAAUGGGGUUUUAUUAUUUUGUCCUGUGCCUUAUGUGGAAAGGAACUUUGGUUCUCCCCCUCCCCCUUUUUUCCUUCUUCCCCUCUUCCUGCUCUGAUGGAAGCGGGACAAGAGAGUUGCCACCCCCCCCCCACUUGACUCCGCCACAUUUAAACUAUCAAACUCUCCUGUGAUGACUUUACUGUGAUUGAUGUAGUGAAUUGAGGACAAGGGGGUUAGAGCAAGAGAUUCCAGUCUGCUUGGUGUCUCCUUCCCUGGGGAGGGAAAGGGGGGGGGGGCUUUAAAUGCUGACCAGUUCCUGCUGCCAUUUUCUUUCUCUCUACCAAUUUCCUCCUUAUUUCCUUUCUCUCUUUCUUUCUCUCUCUCUCUCUCUCUUUUUUGCUUGCAUGCCGGUUUUAUUUUAUUUUUUUUAUUUUAUGGUGUGAUGUGUUUAAGAGACGGCAACACAGUACGUUUGCCAAAUUUAAUUCGAAGCACUGAUCACGGAUUCUAGCUUUCUGAGGUAAAACGUGAAGUAUCUACUAACCUUUGUCUAGCAAGCGUCAGGCCCGCUACUAUCCCCCCCCCCCCCCGCGUAGUUAUUGGGGUUUAUGGUAAUAAUGGAAGAAUUAAUUGCAUGCACUAGUUUCCUAUGGAGGAUGGUGAUGAUGAUGAUGUGGCUGUUGUUGAUCUUUAUGUAUGACUCUGCCAGGCGGUUCACGAAUCCACAGCCCUCGACACAGAAUUGGUUCUCUUUGCUGCUCCAGGCAGGUGACUCGGUAGCCUAGUACAUAUUUAAGACGGGUGGGGGUGGGGGAAAGAGGGCAGGUGAGUCGAUUGGUCGCACCCCUAGGAUGCUCUCCUUCUGUGUUUGAGUUCUUCACAAUAAAAAACAUCCCUUGUUUACAACCCUGGGCAAUUGUAAAUUCUUUCAACGGAUGCGGAAGGACGGCGAACAAACGCAGCUCCUCCUCUCUUCCUUUUUUCCCUUUUGCACGAGCAAACGGGCGCACGCUCUGCUUUUGGGUUCCCCUCGGGGCAGGACUGCCUUGCCUCUUGCUCCAGCUCUUCCGCAGAGAUGUUGACGGGGCGCCCGCCUUGAGAGAGUGGAGAGAGGGGGGUUCCUUUGCUUCGGGCAGAGCCGGGGUCGGGACGAGAGCUGGUUUCUCUUGAGGCACGUGCUGCGCGGGGUGCCUUACUGGGACUGCCUUCUCCCCACCGCCAAGCCUGCCUGCGAACCCACCGCAGGAGGGGGGCUCUUGCACCACAGUCUCUCCUGCGGCCCCCUCCUCCUCCCCCAACCCAGGGGUGCUCCAGAGGUUGGCUUGAGGAUGAACUUGUUGCCCUUGUUUUUAGGAAACUUCCUCUACUAAUUAAAUCAGCUGGUGAUGCUGAUUUUAAUUUUUAAUUAAAACCACACCACACACACACACACGAAAGUGUUGGGAACUCUUGCCUCGCUCUGGUGUCACCUGCGUAGUAACUGUCCUUUCUCAUUCUCUCUCUCUCUCUCUCGCUUUCUCUCCUGUGUUGAGCAGUCUGUCUCUUCCCGCGCUUGUUAACCUCUCCCAGCUGAGUGGCUGUUGAAGCAAAGGCAAAAUAACUGGGUGACUUGAGGGGACAAAAAAAACAAAAAACCAGUGCCGUUUUUUGUUCCUUGCGCAAUGGUGUUACUGAUUAGUGUUGUAAAUAGAAAAUGGCUGGCUACCUUUUCAGAGCUGCACUUUCUAACGUUACCAAGAGAGAGAAAAAAGGGAAUGUGGAGUCUGCAUCGAAAUCCUUUUUUGUAUAACCUUUGUUUAAAGACGUGCGCUUUUUUUAUUUGCUUCCUGGGCCUGGCCCUCCUGUAUGAGUCUCUUUGAGAUCCUUUGUAAAAGCUGUGUUCAUUAAGCACCAAGCGGUUAAAAAACAAAACAGUCCACUCUCUGGUACUACUAGCUAAAAAUUCAUAUUCUACUUAACAAGUUAAAUAAACUGAAAUAUUUCUAGCUGGUCUAUUUCUAUUCAUGUCGACAAGUGUGAUGUGGGGUUUGUAUGUUUCAGAGUGUUACCUGUAACAGCAAAAGGGCCCCCCUCCUUCCCUCCCUCCUGGCUGGGAGUGUGGAACCCCUCUUGGUGGGGGCACCUCUCCACCUCUCACUGCCCAGCCAUGCAUUGGAAAGGUGUAGCUUCUUCCCACGAUCCAGGUGAGGCAGCCCUUCCCCAACCUUGCGCCCUCCAGCCCCCCCCCCCCACCAGUUUGCUCUGAGGGUGGUGCUUUGCAGUGUCUUCUCUGCACCCAAGCACUCCCCUUAGUGAUGGCAAGACCUGGUCGCAGUUCAUCCAUGGAGCCCCUUUGUCCCAGAAGCUGAAUCCAAUCCACAGAGCCACCAGAAUCUGGGCUUUGCGGGGAGAUGGCUGGAUCGCUUGCCUUUCCUCAAAGGGGCGCUGCGCAGUUCUCUUCCUCCCCGUUUUAUCCUCACAACAACCCUGUGGGGUAGGUUAGCCUGGCCGGCUGCCUGGCUCAAGGUCACCCAGCGAGCUUCAUGGCUGAGCGGAUAUUUGAACCCUGUCCUCACAGGCCCCAGUCCAAGACUAACCACUACAGUGUACUGGCUCUUUGUGCUCUCUGCCUUGCAGCUGAUGGGUCGUUCCCCCUUCCUCCUCUUGCUGGUGAAGCUCUUGGGGUUUGACCCUCGAUGGGCAGGAGCAGCAGGUCUCCUGAUGGAACACGGACCGAAGACCAGCACCAUCACUGGCUUGUGAGGCUCCAUCAAGGCCAUGCUAGCAUCUUCUGCCCUCCUCCUCCUGGUUCCCGGCAUCUUGCUCGGCUUGCCUCCCUGGCUUAUGGGAACCUCUUCCCCCGGCCCUCUCCGGUUUAGUCACUUUUACAGAUCUGCCCCAGAGUCCCCCGUGCAGGAGAGCAGGAGAUGGCAGCUGGCACUCCUGUAUCUGGCAAACAACAGGACCUCCCGGUAGUCCCAGCAUUGCACCAAAAUCCCCUGCUUGGCUGGGGAGCGCAGCUACUGGGACUACUUUCAUUGAGAAAUGUGCAAGUAAGCUAUGCGCUGACACUUCAUGC